CCAGCCAUGGCCAACAGAUCAAGAAAUUUCUCUGAAAAAAGCAACAACACCAGCAGAUUAGCUUCCGAUGUAGCUGAUGUGGAGUAUUUUUGGAUCGCUGAACUUAACUCCAGUAAGAAGAGUGUGACCUGGGUCAUCAAGUCUCAGGAACCAGAGGAGGAUGACGAGGACUUUAUCGAGCACACCUUGUUCAUUAAGAUGGCUGUUCUUGGCUCUGAUGCUGUGAAAGGUGAACAGAACAUUAUAACGCUGACCUCAACUGGCGGGGAUGGAGAAGUAUAAAAAGGU